AUGGAUAUCGAGGUGGAGUAUUUAGAGGCGUCUAUGAACUUCGGUGUGGAACGUGAAUGCCCCAAGACGGCGCUACCCAUUUCCGUGACGUCGGUGGGGCAGGCUUUACUCACUGGAAAGCUCGAUGCUGAUGCUGUUCGUGGCACGAGGAAGCUGAAGGCUGCCUUCGACUUCUCGUGGGGGAAGAAAUCGACGUGCUCGUGUAAAUCUGCCCGAAGACCGUGUAUUUUCAUCCAUGGGCUGGGCAUCAAGGAGGAACUUCCACGCAGCCAAGACUCCUUUGAAGACUACUGGGGGGAUGAGGUGCAGGAACACGCGCCGUGCUGCUCGUCGAUUAAGUUCGCGGUCUUGGAUACGGAGCACUACGCCUGGACGGAUGCUGCACUGCAACGGAAAGUCUGCAAUCGAGCCCUCGCAGUGAGCAACUCUAGCACCAAGUCUGUGAUUUCCGACACAAUUAUCAUCACCCACUCAAUGGGGAAUCUCAUCCUGGCUGGAGCAAUUGCCACUAAGAAGUGCGGCCUCGCUGCCAGUUCCUCCUGGAUGGGUCUAGCAGGACCCAUGGGUGGGAGCAUGGCCUCCGACUAUUUCCAAGCCUCAUGUGCCGACAACACCAACGCUAUCAUUGAACAGUAUGCUGAUGUUUUCGGGAUGUGCCCAAUUCAAGCCGCGAUCAAGUCGAUGUCGACAGAGAACGGCAACUGCAGCUCAGCCGGUCUUAAUGCUGCGUACAAAGCUGCUCAGAGCGCGUAUCGGACAAACGUGUCGGCUCUCAUGUGCAGCGAGAGCUUUUCUGGGAUACUCUCAGCGUACCAAGUCAACUUUUGGGUCCUGGGCCACCUGAUCCCGCACAAAUCGAGCAAAAAUGACGGCGUAGUGGAGUUUGAGAGCUGCUCGGCAGGGAUUGAGGCGUCCAAAUUUGGAGAUACGUACACGGACCGCUUCUAUCGGACGAAACUCAACCACUACGACAUGCAGUUUCGAGGCGGCGACGCAUUUCUCAAUAAGGCGAAGAUGCCACUGAAAUGGUUCGAGUGUUUGCUCUAG